GAAAAUAUGCACGGUAUGAUCUCAAUCUUUUUGUACUUACUUGGGGCUGAUUUGUGUCCCAGUAUGUGGUCUAUUCUGGAGAAUGUUCCAUGUGCACUGGAGAAGAAUGUGAAUUUUGCUGCUUUAGGAUGAAAUGUUCUGAAUGUAUCUAUUAAGUCCAUCUGAUCCAGUGUGUCAUUCAAAGCCAUUGUUUCCUUUUUGGUUUUCUGAUUAGAGGAUCUGUCCAUUGUUGUAAGUGGGGUGUUGAAGUCCCCUACUAUUAUGGUAUUAUUAUCAAUGAGUUUCUUUAUGUUUGUGGUUAAUUGAUUUAUAUGUAUGGCUGCUCUCACAUUUGAAGCAUCAAUGUUUACAAUUGUUAGGUCUUCUUGGUGGAUAGACCUCUUAAUUAUGAUAUAAUGCCCUUCUUCAUCUCUUGUUACAGUCUUUAUUUUAAAGCCUAGACUGUCUGAUAUAAGUAUGGCUACUCUGGCUUUCUUUUGUUGACCAUUAGCAUGAUAGAUGGUUCUCCAUCCCCUCAUUUUCAAUCUGAAGGUGGUUUAGGUCUAAAAUGGGUCUCUUGUAAACAGCAUAUAGAUGGAUCUUUUUUUCUUAUCCAUUCUGUUACCGUAUGUCUUUUGAUUGCAGCAUUUAGUCCAUUGACAUUUAGAGUGAGUACUGAAAGAUAUGUAUUUAUUACCAUUAUGUUGCUUGUAGAGUUGGAGUUUCUGGUGGGGUUCUCUGGUCCUUUCUAGUCUUUGUUGCUUUUGGUCUUUAUUUGUUUGUUUGUUUGUUUGUUUUAGUCUUUUCUCCCCUCAGAGAGUCCCCCUUAAAAUUUCUUGCAGGACUGGUUUAGUGGUCAUGAAGUCCCUUAAUUUUUGUUUGUCUGGGAAACUUUUAAUCUCUUCUAUUUUGAAUGACAGCCUUGCUGGAUAAAGAAUUCUUGGCUGCAUGUUUUUCUGAUUCAGCACAUUGAAUAUAUCCUGCCACUCCUUUCUGGCCUGCCAUGUUUCUGUGGAUAGGUCUGCUGCAAACCUGAUCUGUCUUUCCUUGUAAGUUAAGGAGUUUUUUUCCUUUGCCGUUUUCAUGAUUCUUUCCUUGCCUGAGUAUUUUGUGAAUUUGACUAUGAUAUGCCUUGUUGAUAGUCAGUUUUUGUUGAAUCUAAUGGGAGUCCUCUGCUUCCUGGAUUUUGAUGUCUGUGUCUUUCCCCAGGUUAGGAAAGUUUUCUGCUAUGAUUUGCUCACAUAACCCUUCUACCCCUAUUCCUUUCUCUUCCUCUUCUGGGACCCCUGUUAUUCUGAUGUUGUUCCUUUUUUAAUGAGUCACUGAUUUCUCUAAUUCUUCAAUUGUGCUCUUUUGCCCUAAUAUCCCUCUUUUUUUCUGCUUUAGUCUUCCUCUUUUUUUCUGCUUCAUUAUUCUCCAUAAGUUUGUCACUGAUUCUCUGCUCUGCCUCAUCCAUCCUUGCCACUGUGGCAUCCAUUAGAGACUGCCUCAGUUACAACAUUUUUUAUUUCAUCCUGACUAGCUUUUACUUCUUUUAUCUCCUCAGAGAGGGAUUCUAAUCUAUUUUCGACUGCAGCUAGUAUUCUUAUUAUCGUGAUUCUAAAUUCUGGUUCAGACAUCUUGCUUGUAUUUGUGUUGGUUAAGUCUCUGGCUGUUGUUUCUUCCUGUUCUUUCUUUUGGGGUGAAUUCCUUCAUUUCAUCAUUUUGAAGGGAGACAAGGAAUUAAUGAGGUAAAAAAAUUAAAAUAGUUAAGUUAAAAAAGGAAGAUUGAAAUAAAAAAUUAAAAACAACACACACAUACACAAAUCAAAUAAAUGAUGUCAGAUCCUAGGUGUGUUUUAAAAAAAUUUUUUUUAACACUUAUUCAUUUUUGAGAGUGAUAGAGGCAGAGCAUGAGCAGGGGAGGGGCAGAGAGAGAGGGAGACACAGAAUCAGAAUCAGGCUCAAGGCUCCGAACUGUCAGCACAGGGCCUGAUGCGGGGCUCAAACUCAUGGACUGCGAGAUCAUGACCUGAGCUGAAGUCGGACGCUCAAUCCACUGAGCCACCCAGGUACCCCAGAUCCUAAGUGUGUUUUUGUCUGGUUGUUGGAAGGGUCUUGAUAGAGAAAUGGAGAAAGAAAAAAAAAAGGAAAUCAUUUGAAAAUUUGAAAAAACGAAUACACUGAAAUAGAAUAAAAUGAAAUUAUGUAAGUAAAAUAGAAGUUGAAAAAAUGUACACAAAAGUAAAAAAAUAAUAGAAAAAAAUUAAAAAUAUUUUUAAUAGAAAUUGAAAAUAAAAAUAAAUUUUUUCUCUUUCUGCAUUUAAGAAAAAGAAAGGAAAUGCAAAAGAGAAAAUAAAUGAAUAGUUGGACCAGUGAACAGACUGAGAGACGAUUGAAAUUACUUCAUUUUCACCUAGAAGUCAAACUUUGAAGCACUAUAUAGUCCGUAAACUAAGCAGCUGGAGAGAUUUGUGUUCCUGAAGAGGAAGGUUGGCCCAGUUGGACGGGGCUUAGGGUAAUGGCUCUGCUCUCCACUAGAUGGCACUGCUUAGCUACUGGGGUGGGUUGGUGUGGCGCUUGUAGGUGUGUAUGCGCAUGCGUGGUAGCAGUGAAAAUGGCAUCACCCAGGUACUCAGUCUCUAGUAUCGGGACUCAGUUCUCCCCAAUCAGCAAUCGUGCACCUGUUCUUCAUCUCCGGCUUUUGUCCACUCCAUGCUUUUACACUGUCAGUGACCAAGCCCCAGGCAACACCUCCCUCUUUAGUUUUAUCUCAGAUGCGGCUGUGUUUCCCAACCCCUCACUUCUGAGGGACUGUGGCUUUGACCCAUUCUGCCCCUCUGCAGGAGAGUCUCACUGAGCAGUGGCUGGGUGCUGGCCGCACCCAGGAUUGUUCGCGGGAUCGUGCUGCUGCCGAAGCCCAGAGACCGUGGCCGGGUGCCAGCCCGCCCCAGAAAGAGUUCACACGAUCGUGUAGCAGCAGCACUUCAGGGAUUAUGGAAAAUCACAACACGCAUUUGGCACCAGGCUUCACCCCCAGCGACCUUAGUCCAGCACCAGCGAAUGUGGUUGUUCACCCGGGUCCACUGGGGCACACAGCCUCUACCAGAUGUCCUCCAGAGAGGGAAACCGCCUCUCCCCUGUGGCCCAAAGACCCCCGGACUUCGCUCUGCUCCUGGGGAUUCACCCUUCUCACCAGAGCACCGCCAGGGGCUCUGGCAUUCCCAGAGACCAGGAGGAAGAGCCACCAGUCAAAUAGCUACCAGCUUCCAACUCGAACAUCUUCAGAGCAGCUGGAAAGGGGAAAACAUCCUGACAGUAUAUAUUCAGACACAUACGGUCAGCAUCAUGAAGCUCUGGACGCCUCAACUCAUGACAUUCCUCUGUAUGGUGCUACUGUCUGUGCUGGGAGUGAUAAAAGAAAAACACAGCUGGGCUGACAUGUUACUUGAGGAGUGCUGGGGACAGCCAAAUGUCCUUGAAUGCACCAAGAAGUGUUCUGGAACCUUUAAAUGUAUAAACAAAAAUCACACAUGCUGCUGGACCUAUUGUGGAAACAUCUGCUGGAAAAAUAAAGUGAGUUGGGAGGUGUGUUUGGGCAUGGAUCUUCACUGAUUCUCAGAUGCUGUUAUUCAUAAACAGAAGACCGAAGCACCCUAAAUCCUAGGCACAAAAAUAGUGGAAGACAAUGUACCCUAAACCUGGACAGCAGUUCACUGGCAAAUAAACCAAGAUACCAGGUUGGGGCAUAUUGUUCGUUAUAUAAUCAAUGCCUAUGUUGUUCUCAUUAUAUUGCUCAAUUGUUUGCUCUUUUCCUGAUUUUUGUCCAAAUUUCUAACCAUUGCCUCUAUAGUCAGACCUUUCUAUGAGCCCUUUUGGCUCAGCCAGGCCCCAAAUCUCUAUGUUUCUCUGUUCAAUGAACCAAACCCACCUCCCCACCUCAGAAGUGGACUUUUUCUUGUUACAAAAAGUACUCCUGUCCCAGGGUCUGCCAUAGAUGGGUAAUAUUAAGCUUGGGAAUGAAUGCUUGUUCCUCAGAGUUCCCUAACCUCUGAGUGUAUAACCUUUCUGUCUUACAGGAAAUCUUUGAAAGACAUCUAAAACCCUAAUCUUCCAGCUGGACACCAGUCUGUUCUCACUGAGGGCUGGGCAGGAGCAAAUCCUUGACAAAUAAACUCAUUUAUCAACAGUGGCUUUUAGCUUUUUCAACUCCAUUUCACUACUUUUUUUUUUUAACUUUAUUUUUUAUUUUUUAAAAUUUACAUCCAAAUUAGUUAGCAUAUAGCGAAGCAAUGAUUUCAGGAGUAGAUUCCUUAAUGCCCCUGACCCAUUUAGCCCACCGCCCCAACAGAUCUCAAUGCCUGGCCUUCCUGGGCCUUCUCCAUUGUCUGCAGCCAGGAACCUGUAUCCCUUGUAAGUCAUGGCUUGGGUGAAGCUACCCCCCAUAGAAUCUACCCUCUGAGAACUCAGCAACGUCUGAGACAUCCCGCAGACCCUCUCACUCCCCAGGAUUUGCAGGGUCCAGAGAAGAAGAGGACCUGUCACUUUCCCCCCUCUCUCCUGUGCCUGUCACUGUGUCCAGGACCCCUGCCCCUUCCCAGAAAAUACCACUUGCGCUGUUUCCCUUCCGCUGCCACCAUCCCGGUCCCUCUGAUGAGAACUUCGACUUGACUGUGUACACCCCAAAACUUACUUUCCCAGGGCCCUUUCUUUCUGUACCCAUUCCCAUCAAUAUUAUUGGAUGUUUACAGGUCACAGAAGUACAGAAAUCCAAGAAUAAUUGUUUGGUUUCCCCAAGUGAUUCUCAGCCCUGAUGUACCUUUCACUACUGAGUGUACUGUUUAGUGUCUGGGUACUUGGGAUGGAGAGUCAAAAGACAGUUUCCCCCUCCACCCCCAUCAGUGUUCCUGGUGCUGCGUAAAGGGGACAGAGGGCUAUCGUUUGGGAGGACCCAGAAUCUUCAUAGUGCUGUGGUCAGAGUGAUGAGGGACCAUAAGGCAGGCUGAGGGCCAAGCACAAGCUAGCAUUACCCCCCACCCCCAGGUGGGAUAUGAGAUAUUCCUCAGACACUCCUAACUGCACAAGUACAAAGGAAAGGACAGAAAACAAAUGACUAACUGAUAAAGAUCACAGUCAUACAGGACAUGGGUCUCCAUCAGUUUACAAAUAUCUUAGUAAAUUAAAAUUUAAAUAAAUUUUAAAAAUUUAGCAAAUUUAUCAAUAGCCUAGUCUCUAGAAAUCUAUAGACCCAGUUUCCUGGAGUCCCUAAUAUCACCCUCCCCUCCAUAGUGAUGUGGGGAAGGAUUAAAGGCAAGAAGGAAAUGGCAGGUAAAAUUAAAUUUCCUUAUAACCUGCAGCCCAUCAACAAGUACUUGAGGCAAAUAUAGAGUAGUACAUUUCUCCAGGAACAUUUGUCCUAGAAGGCCCUACCACCUUAAUGCUUUGCUAGAAGGAAAAACAACCUUAGCUUGACAAUAGCUAGGCCUCCAGUAAUCUGUGAGUCUUUAGCUUAUGAAAGUCUCUUUGGAAACUUCCCUUUUGACUUUACCUCCCCCAAGUCCAUGGUUCUACACAACCCCAGUGAAGCUCUUCCUGCCCACUGGUCCUGUUCCCGUGCUUUAAUAAAAUCACCUUUUUGCACCAAAGACAUCUUCAAGAAUUCUUUCUUGGCUGUCGGCUCCAGACCUCACGAACCCCACCAUCACCCCAAAACCUCAUCAAGAGCAGAAUGUGCUGAAAGGCUCCAAUUCCCAGGUCUCCCUCAGAAGGGACACAGCCCCUCCUGGCUCCCUUCCCUCCCCACCCCCUUAGUCCAUCACCUAUUCUGCAUCCUGUUCAGUUUACGGUGCCCUCCCUGGGCCUGUAGCAACAGCACAGAGAGGAGAAGGAUGGGCAGCAGAGCCUGGGUUGGCAUGACUCUGGCCAGAAAGGAGAGCUCUCAGUCUGCCACAGGCUUCUCUGGAGAGCUGGGUGGUUAUCCUGGGCCCUUCCUGCUUCCACUGGCCAAGCAAGGGGCCUUUUCCCCCAUCCCCUAUGCCUGUACCUGACCAUGGCCUGUUCUCUGGGACUUGGGCUUCUGCAGACAAGUCCUCCUCUCACGUGACUAAACCCCUCCCUUGCAAACAAUUAUUUUCUACUUUAAUUGUAGUGCCUUAGAGCUCAGAGUUAUCCAAAGCACAAAGACUCAGGGGCUCAGGGCUGGGCUUUGUUUUGACCCUUAGGGAUAAGAAGGACUUGGAACUGGAACUGGAUUGAGUGAGGGUGGUUAUUCCUUCAUGACAAAAGAGGUAGAGAAGAACAAAAGGUUAGGGACCCUCAAAGGAAGGAUCAGGGACGGAAAGCAUUUUCCUCUUGGAUAUCCAGGAUAUUACAGGGGAGGAAAGCAAUUUUUCCUCUACCCUUCUGGGUUCUGGUUUGAAACCCCCCUGCAGUAAAAGACAGAUUAGCAGGAGAAAAACAAACUGAAUUUUCCUAAUGUGUAUACCUCCAAUAUACACGGGAGAGACCAGGAAAACUGAGUAACUUCCCCAAGUGGCCCAAAUGAUCUCCUCAAAACCUGCUUCAGCUGAAGACAAAAGAUGUGGAAAGGAAGGGGAAGACCAGUUAUGGGAAGUCACCAGGAAAGGCACUAAGAACAAAGGUUUGGUUGUUAUGCAGAUUUCUGCUACAGGCUCCAUUGAUAAAGAAUUUCUAGGGGUUGAAAGUCACCCUUCUUUUCCACUUAACAGAGAGGAAGACACGUCUACAAAUGGAGACUUUCCUCAUACGUGUAAAUGUUUCUUAUGAGGGGGAGCAAACUUUGCCAACCCAAGAUCUGCCUCUAUGGCAUAUUGAUUAUUUUACGCUGGUUAUUUUUAAGAAAUAGCAGACACAGGUGAAACUCUGAAAACUGAAUAGAAGUUACCAUUUUGUAAGAGAUUGUUUAAUGUAAUCCCGGGCCAUUGAGAGAUGGAAGGGAGAGAAGAUGUGUUGCUCCAGGUGAAGUGUUGCUUCAAUUUGGAGUUUUGACUUUCUUAUUUCCAGACACCUUCUAUUUCCCUCCCUUUGAACAUCUCAAGGAAUUUUGUUCAGUUCAUCUGGAGUAUUCCAAAAAAGGAAAUAACUUUAAGGGAGACAGUUCCUUGACAGUCCGAAUAUCAGAACUGUAUACUUUUUGUCUCCUCCUUCUCUUUCUACUUGAGUGCCCAUGUAGUAGGAGAGUAGAGCCAAAGAAUGCAUGCCCAGCUGUAGAUAGUACAUCCUAAUCAUCCUGUAAGUAGUUGCUUUUCCUCUGAAGGGGCUCCAGAAUUCCUCAGCCUCUGCACCAGCUUGUCUGGUCUCCAGGGCCAUACACAGCAGCACCGGGGACUUCACUUCACCAUCAUGGAGGCACUUCAAUUCCUCCCGGAGUAGGAGCCCAUUUCCUAGAUCCCUCCUCUCCCUUUUUCUUGAGGACCUCAUUUUGGUAACAUACACUCCACAGGAGCUUCCUGAGACAGCGUGUGAGAAAGAAGUAAAAUAGAGACUUUUAAGCCUCCAUUCUACAUUACCAUAUACUUCGGUUGGUAUUUCAGUUCAGAUUAGUUUUGAGCACAUGAUGACUACAACAACAAAGAAAAUAGUGGCUUAAAUAAGAUAGGUCAAUAUUUGUUCACAUGGAAUAUUCAGGAUUUAGGUGUCCCAAACAAGUGUGGAGACACCACAAAACGAUGGAAGAUCCAGGCUGCUUUGCCUCUUUGCUCCAUUGUCCUUGGCAUGAAGUUUCCAUUUCCAAGCUCACCUCAUGACCUACCAGGACUAAACAAGAUAUGAAAUAUCACCCUCACCCAAGAAUAAAACUCAGACAGUUAAUUCAAAUGUUAAAUCAAAGUAAGAAAAUUCAAACCAUAGCCAAACUAGAUGGAAAUGGAAUAUAGUGUUACUCAAAACUGGAUGAGGAAAGACUCUGUGGACUUAAUAAUAAAUAUGGUGUUGUGGUGCAGCAUUUAAAAAUUUUUUAACGUUUAUUUAUCUUUGAGAAAGAGAGAGAGAAACAGAGUGCAAGCAGGGGUGGGGUAGAGAAGGGGGGAGGCACAGAAUCCGAAGCAGGCUCUAGGCUCUGAGCUGUCAGCACAGAGCCUGACAUGGGGCUCAAACCCACAAAUCAUGAGAUCGUGACCUGAGCUGAAGUUGGAGGCUUAACUGACGAGCCACCCAAGCACCCCCAUGGUGCACCAUUUUAAAAAAAUAUUAAUCUAGAUCCUGUUUUUUCUACUUUGCAAUUCCUUAUUUUUCCAUCAAGGCCUUUGACCAUGAAACUAGAACAUGAAGCUGAGGUUUAUUUCCCCAGGGAGAAGGGAUCACAAAAUAAACCAGUGAGGAUAGUCAUGUUCAUGGAUGUGAGGUCACAAAUAGUUUUGAAAGCCAUUACUGGUCAUUGAGAGAGAAAAGUUGUUUCUCUAUGUUUGUCUUGCGUUUGAAAUAACAAAGGCUCAGCUUUGGCCAUCACGAGUGUGGAGUCAUUCCAUAACCUCAGAAUUCGGGAAAAAGCUAAAUAAUGUAAGAAUAGAUCUUGUCCACUGGGAAGGUAUAAGCACUUGGAGAGAAAGGUGGACACCAGAAGACUGGGUUAGGAUAGAAAGAGAAACAUCCAGAUAGGUUGGAAAUCCCAACACAAAAACAGGUCCACCAGGUAAACAGGGUAUUUGAAUAUGAAUAUUUGUUUCCUAUGGCUGCUGUAACAAGUCACCACAAAUUUAGGAGCUUAAACCACGCAAAUUAUUACCUUACAGCUCUGUAGGUCGCAAGUGCCACACAGGUCUCUUCUGAUUGCAAUCAAAGUGUCAGCAGGGCUGCGCUCCUUUUGCAUUUCCUUUCUAGAUGGAAGGACCCAUGUCUGUGUUCAUUUAUUUAUUUAAUUUUUAAAAAUGUUUAUUUAUUUUUGAGACAGAAAGAGACAGAGCAUGAGCGGGGGAGGGGCAGAGAGAGAGGGAGACACAGAAUCCGAGGCAGGCUCCAGGCUUGGAGCCGUCAGCACAGAGCCCCACAAGGGGCUCGAACUCGUUAACCGUGAGAUCAUGACCUGAGCUGAAGUCGGACGCUCAACCGACUGAGCCACCCAGGCACCCCCUGUGUUCAUUUAGAUCGUGGGCAGAAUUCAGGUCCUUGAUGUUAUGAGACUGAGGUCUCCAUUCCCUUGUCUGCUGUCAGCUGAGGUCUGUUUUCAGCUUCUAGAGGCCACUCACAUUCCUUGGCAUGGGCUGUGUUCCUCUAUCUACAGAGCCAACAAAGGCCAACUGGGUCCUCAUGCUUCAGGUCUCACCUUCUUCUGCAGGCCUCUGACUCACUGCAGUCAGGAAACAUGCCUGCUUUCAAGGACUCAUGGUUAUACCCGUCCCAUCUGCCUCCCAUCUCAAGGUCCCUGCUCUUCACCAUGCCAGGUCAGGUUGUCCCAGUUUCCAGGGACUAAGACAUGAGCAUCUUUAGAUGGGCCUUUAUCCUGUUUACCUCUGCUUGCACUUAAAACCUCACUAAAAUGAUGAAGGAGAAAAAAAACCCCACCUUAAGAGGUGAGGAAAUGGUAAAUGAGCAUUUUCAAGGAAUUAAA